CAUCCCUGUGGGCACUGCUGCACCAAGAGCUGUCUGUCUCUGCCAACCACCACCAUGCUGACCGCCGAGGACAAGAAGCUGGUCCAGCAGGUCUGGAGCAAGGUGCAGGGCCGCCAGGAGGAGUUCGGAGCCGAAGCCCUGGAGAGGAUGUUCUGCGCCCACCCCCAGACCAAGACCUACUUCCCCCACUUCGACCUGUCCAAAGGCUCUGACCAGAUUCGUGGCCAUGGCAAGAAGGUGGCAGGUGCCUUGGGCACUGCCGUCAAGAACAUAGACAACCUGAGCCAGGCCCUGUCUGAGCUCAGCAACCUGCACGCCUACAACCUGCGUGUCGACCCUGUCAACUUCAAGAUUCUGGCGCAGAGCCUGCAGGUUGUGCUGGCCGUGCACAUGGGCAAGGAAUACAGCCCUGAGGUGCAUGCUGCCGUCGACAAGUUCUUGUCGGCCGUGGCCGCUGUGCUGUCUGAGAAGUACAGAUGAGCUGCCACUCGCUCCCGGGUGCCACCAAUAAAGACACUUCUGCC